ACAAUUUCGCGCCUAAGAAUUCAGAGUGUUAUUUUAUGAUCAAGUAUUAUAAUUUAUUGUUACUAAUUAGUCAAUAAAUAUAUUUAUUGUUAUCCGAAAUGAAUUCAGUAUGAGAUGCAAUGUUCACGCGCACUACGGUAUAAUUUAAAUUGUAUGCUAGGAUAUUUUCUGUCAUUACUUUAAUUUUUAAGUCUAAAGAUAGUUGGGAGUACGUAUUUUGUCUUUUUUCCUAUUUUGAAUAUGCAAGACAUUACCCAUGAUUUUGAAACUGUUUCUCCUGAAAUUUGGAGAGCAAAUGAAGAAAAGUGGAAAGAAAGGCUUUUAAAGUUGCAAAACUGGCAUAAGAUUCCAUUGAUCAAUUCGAAUGCAUCGCACAAUCUAUCAGAUGCAUCUUUAGCGAGGUUUCGCGGGAUGGUUCAAGAUAUGCACAAUCCAGAGUUUUACUUUGAAGAAUUUGAAGUUUUUAAUUCAUCAACAAAUGAAAUACAAACGAAAUCUGGAAAAUUUACAGACACUGCAUCAAUUUUAGAGAAUGAAAAAAUUAAUUAUACAGAAAAUCUUAAAAGUGCACAAAGGCAGACAAUGGUUGUUGUCUCCCUUCCUGGUCUGAAUGAAUGGGCUCAAAGAAUAGAAGAUGAAAAAAAUUAUAUUAAACAUCUUGAAAACCAACCAAAUACAUCAAAACGAUUGAAUGCACCAAUUUUAAAGAGAUCUUAUGAUGAGACAGAGGAUGAAAAUGCUAUGGAGGUUGUGGAAGGAGACAAUAAAAAGCAUGCUCGACAUGUAGAAGACACAAAGGAUCAACCUUCUUCUGUGUCUCGGGAGCAUUUGCUAAAUUUUCCUUUGCCAGAUGUUCCUAGCAAAUCAUGCAUUGUAAAGAUAUAUGAUGACAGUGAGAAUAUAAAGAUCAAUGAUAUGGUGGAAGUAGUGGGCUUCCUCUCAGUAGACCCAGCAUUGUCUGGUGAAUUUCAACAAGAAAAGAAUCCACUUUUAGAGCCAAUGGUGGAAUCUGAGGUGGAGACUAUAACUCACAACCCCCCACCCAGUCUUGUUCCCAGACUUCAUGCUGUUUAUAUAAAGAAAUUGGACCACUGUAACCCUUUACUUAAGGAUUCUGUGGAUGAAGAGAGUUUAUUGAGAGAUGCAAACACAUCAAGAGAACAUCUUCUGAAAGCUCUGUCGGAGUUGUUGUUGGGAGAUCGGUUAGCCGCUGAAUAUCUUAUAUGUCAUCUAAUUGCAUGUGUAUACCUCAGACAAGACACAAUAACAUUAGGCCAGUUUUGCCUCAACAUAUCAAAUUUGCCCACACAGAAAUAUCCGAAUUAUGCCAAACAAUUGUAUGAUAUCAUAAAACAGUUUGUUACAAAGAGUUACUACCUACCCCUUACUGUGGAUAACAUGAACACAAUAGCCUUACUUCCAAAGAAGGAUUAUGAUUGCAAUAGACUAACAAGUGGAAUUCUACAGCUUUCUAAACACACACAUCUUGUCCUUGAUGAAACUAAAAUGGAACAAGGUCGGUUAGAUGCUGCAGGUGUGCAAAAUCUUGCAGCUCUGGGAAGUCUUAUUAAACAACAGAAAGUGGAAUACGAUUUCAAAUAUUAUAAAAUGGAAUUUGAUUCAGAUAUUGCUGUGCUUAUAUUGUCUGAAGGAAAAAGCCUGUUACCUAGUGAUGUUCAUGUUCCACUACGACCAGAACAAUCCUCAUUGGAUAUAUUCAAUGCUAUUGUUGAAGCAGCUACUUAUUAUCUUAAAGAAGACAUAAUGGAUAUGAUUAGAGUAUACCUGACCAGGCUCAAACUUGUCAAAUUCACCAUCGGUGAAGAUUUAAAGUUUGUAAACGAUGACUUUGUAGAAAUGCGAAGCAAAUCGGACAGCGAGAAUCCGGUCACCGCAGACGACUUGCACCGACUGCUGGUCCUAGCGCGCCUUGUCAGUCUGUCACGAGGGUGCUCCACGUUGGGGAAGGAGUGCUGGGACAUCACCAAGAGGAUGGAGGACGAGAGAAUAGGGAGGGUUAAGAAUAGAGUGGCCCCCACAUUGUGAUCGCGUGCUUCUUUUUAAUAAAUAUACAUUUCUUA